GGCGCGACCGACUCCAACACCCUCGAGCGGCACCGCCUACGCUACCCUGUAUUUGGUCCCGGUGAGGGGUCCGCCGGCCGACCAACAACAUGGACUUUUGGAAGGGGCUCUUCGGCGGCAGCUCUGCCGCGAGGAAGGCCGCCCAGGCCAACGACCCGCAACAGCGUCUGGCACGCUUCCGGCAGCGGUACAACCAGGUCCUGCAAACAUGGCACAAGUCAGAGUCGCUCGCCAGCGACCGCGAGGCCCUGGGCAAUCUGCGCCGCGGGUUCCAGGGCCUCACCAAGAUGAUCGAGGACGAAUCCCGCCUGCCCGCUCCCCACCUGUGCCUGAGCUUUGCCGCCGCCCAGCAGAUAUACACGGCCGUCUCCAAGAUCGCGGCCACCUCGCACGACGAGGGCAUGGUGCGCGAUGCGGUCCAGCUGUACAACGCCCUUAUCGAUAGCGAGGAGGAGGACUUUCUGGAGAAUGACGUAUUCGCCGUAUCGCUCAUGAACUUCAUCGGCCGGUCCAUCACCUCCAUAACACUGGGCGAGGACAUCGAAGCCGAUAUUGUCGAGCUUCUGUUCGGCAUCGCUGCCAAGAUCAGACUGCAGCCCGAGAUCCUGCCCGUGUGGUUCACCACCGCAUCCACCGACUUAAAUGGCCGCCUCGUCAACCAGAAGGUAGACUUUGCGGGUGUGACACAGAAGGAAGACUUUCCCCUGUGCUACCAGCUCAUCGACAAGGUCCAUCAUGAGGGCCGUAUCGGCGAGUUCGCGCGUAUGGGCCUGCUCUACAUCUUCGAGUCGGCGUCCAAGUCCCUGCCUCUGGAGCAAUGGAUCGUGAACAGUGACCUUCCCACUCUUAUGGCGACCGGUCUGGGUGCAUUGUAUAGCCAGCUUAGCAGACUCUUGUCCAUUCUGCACCCACCUGAAGGCAUGCCGCUUAUCCUGCAGCUCUCCGAUUAUUCUGAGAUGCGCACCAAUCCAAAUGCAAUCAGCCUGUUCUCGGAUGAUUUCCAAGGACAUCUUGUGACUUUCCUGUCCUACCUCACUUUCUGGCAAGAUGUCCUUGAACACUGUCGGUCAACUGAGGUGCGGCACACUUUGAUUGAUCACUUCCAAGUCCUCUUUCUCCAACAACUACUAUACCCUUACAUUGUUCAAUCAUCCGAUGUUGAUGGUGGUUCUUCUGUGGCCGUGCUCACAUAUCUACGCCGGAUCCUAGACGCGCUGGAUCAUCCCGAGCUUGUUCAGAUGAUCCUACAGUAUCUUCUUGCUCUGCCAGACUACUCUGCUGCUACGCCGCUAGACCCCCGAUCACCGGCUGCAGUCAGGCGGAGGCAGUCCCUGAUGCUACUGAACGGACCAAAGCAGGAAGAAGACAGCAUGUCUCCAUCCUUGUUCAACCUUGUCGAUUUGAUCUUGCAAAGCGCCGACUCCAGCAACCCGCAAACCGUCAUUGCUGCCUUGAAGCUUACGACCGUCCUUCUUAGUAAGAACCAUGGAUAUGCUCUCGGCUCCUUGGUCAAAGUCACAAACUUGCACCACAAGGAACCACAUCGAACAGUGGGCGCACUCAACGCCGAGCUCGACACGUACUUGAAUAUCGCUAUGGACCUUGGAGGCGAAGGUGGCGUCGAUGAAGCCUACGAAAGUCACCUCAAAGACAAACUAAGUAUACUCGAGUCGCACCCAUGUUCUCUCAAAGCUCUUGCACUCCCGUCGGCAUCGCUGCAGAGUCCUGGAUACUUCGAUGCAGAGAACGGCCCGCGAGAAGUUGGCCCGCAUCAUCUGAUCCCUGAAGAUCCGCUCUUCAAGUCUUUGGUCGACCUAUUAUUACGCUUCCUAACGAACGACGUGGAAACGAACCUUGCGCUUACAGAGGCCAUCAUCAGCCUUGGGUCGUGCAGUGAAUUGAGGCUAGAGGGAUGGCUGUCCGUGGACCCUUCAGACUACCGCUACCUGGAUGAUGGAGUCGAUUACGAGGCCUUUUCAAAUGAUAGCCUUCGAGAUAUGUACAAAGCUAGUCGCAAGCCGGUAUGGGACUCGACGGCAGCACCACAACUACUUGCAUGCCUACAGCAACUGCAAGAACAGGUCAGCGCACUCCGAGCCGACAUCCAAGACUGGGACGAGCACGUCGCCAGCCGCAAAGAUGCCUUCCGGUUCCACGAGGAGGUGCACGAUGCCAUGCGCUCGUCGACGCCGUCAAAGCCUCCCCGCCCGCCUACAGAAGCCCCAGCGGGAUCCUGGACACCCCAGAUACCCAAGACACCCUCGAGAACGCAGACACCCCGGGGACGAAAAGAAGGUCUGGAUCUUCGCGGGACACCGACGCCCUCUCCAGCGCCGUCUCGAUUGGGCAAUGUGCAUACAGGCGGGAGUCCGUCGCGCGGCAUGUCACCACUACCCGCACCUCAGGCGGGCAAACGGCAGAUGACGCUCAUGACGGACAUCGAUGCUAAUCUUUCAUCCAUCAAGAAGUCGGACUUUUUGAAGCGGCGAAUCCGCUUUAGGCGACCCGCUGGCUCGGAUACGGUCGAGGUGAUGCUGUCAAAGUACCUCCCGCCGCCCAAGGACGAGGGAGAGGAUGCAGCCGUCGAGGCGGAGAAGGACGACAUCAGGGAAGCCAGCUUGCUGCACAUCAUGACAAAUGUGGUGGUCCUGCAGGAGUUUGUGCUGGAGCUGGCGGCGCUGCUACAAGUGCGGGCGAGCUUGUUCGAGGAGGUGCGGCAUGUGUAGGCUAGCGGCGGGUGUAUAUGCAAGGGCAGAUAGUGUUGGUUCGUAGCGUGUCUUGCAGCAGAUUAUACCACU